CAACAAUCUUACGUCGGCCUCUUCAACUAUUAAGCACACUUCAUCACCCCCAUCAGUAUUUUAUCGAAACACCAUCCGCCCAUCAAACAGAGACGAUGGCCGAAAACGAGGUUACCGAGCGAGGCCCCGCCACGCCUCCUGGUCUAUCUCGAACCCACGCCUCCAAUGACCACGCGCAAGAAGAGACUGCGAAGACGACUGUCCGCCCAGACUACGUAACUCUGCCUCACUGCGCGGUGUGCCGCAAGCUGGACCCAACCACCUGCUGUUCCUUUUGCAUGAUGAUAGAGUACUGCAGCGAUGACUGCUUGAAAGCCGACGAACCGAUGCACCGGAUCGUGUGCCGGCAGUUUGAGCCGCCGCAACGCGAGCCCGACUCGAGAGGUGUUCCCGCCACGAACAUUAUCAACGUGGAAGCCAACGAGGGCAUCGAUUUCGCGGGCACCCUGCGCAUCCUGACCACCAGCCGGUUUGGCUUGCGACACAUCAUACGAAGCCUGUCCGAGCAUCCUCUCGAGAGCAAGGCGAAGCUGAAGAUCUACAUCUCCGAGGGCCAUGGCACCCAUUUUGCGCGCACCGUGGCGGCCCUGAUGUGCCUUCUGCCUCGCAAGGGUGAGGAACUAGAAAUGAAGGACAUGUUUCGCAACGCAGAGGCGGCCAUUCAUCUGGCAUAUUCGGCCUGGGUACGGGAGGAUGUCGAGAAAACCCUGCGCGAGGGGGUGUCGGCAAAGCUCAAAUCAACGCCUCUGGCUCGGUGGGAGGAGCGCGAUCGGCGCAAGGCAGAGUUUCCGGAGCUGGGCCUGACGCUCGUGGGCUCGCCGGAAGCAUUCGGUCAUUUGGCGAUGCAUGUGUGCUGCUUGCCCGAGGGACGGCCCGUAUCCAAGGCUGUUUUCAAAGAAUGUCACUUGCGCAGGUCGAUGGACCAUGUGAUGCACUGCGAGGACGAACACAGUACGUGGGAUCGCAUGUACCCUGCGAGAAGGACUGGCUGGUCGCGCUGGUCGAGUGGCGCUGGGGGCGUGCUGCUGCCCCAUGGGCAUCCGAGGAUUCCCGUCUCCAAAAUCAAUCCGAUCUUCUUUGUCGAUGUGGACGUUCGCGGAUUCGCGGCCGAACCGCUGUGCGAAUGGGCUCUCGACGACAUUGUCCACUGUCGUCGAGGUCAUGCAAAAUGUGACACGUACGGCAAGUUCUUCUACUACGUACAGGAGCAAAUGAUACUCUUUCAGGAAGCCUUGCAGACCAACUCUGUCGAGUUCUUUGUCAUUGCGCGAGAAAAGGGGGAUGGUCUCACCGACAACCUGGACAUGCUGGGGCUGGGCUCCGGCGACAAGAUGGACCGCGUCGAGGUCGGCGAAGGCCUACUAGACAAGCAGCCCAAGUCGACCAUGGUCGACAUUAGCAGCGUCCUCAAGCCCUGCCGAGACUCGCCGCAUGCUACCGCAAUGUGCUUGCUGACCCACGAGAGCAUUGCCGGCCAGAUCAGCAAGGACAGCACAGAGACACGGCGCAUGGAGUCACACUAUCUGUUCGAAACGGGGCGGCAGCAGUCAGCGACUGAGGCGGCUUUUACGUCGUCGCGUGCCGAGAUCUGUCAGAUGGUCCACACCUCGUAUGCCAACUGGCCCUUGCUGGCCGUCAAGGAGCUUUCCGUCCCGCCCUUCAUGGCAGAGCGCGCCGAUGGGAGCCAUGGCAGCGUGAUCCUGGAAGGGUUUGCGGGUCUGCGUAUGCGCCGUCGCCAUCGGGUGAUCCGUGACAGAUGGCCUGGCUUCCCCAUGCGUGAUGUCUUCACCCCCACCGGAGACCAUGACAACACUCUCGCGCGUCUCAGGGCCUGGCAGGCGUGUGCCUACCCAGAGGCCCUCCAAUGGGUCGAGUUCAGGAAGGUCCGUCGCUUUCCCAGCCGGGCCGAAUUGAUCGGGCUCUCGACGCAGAAGAGCCAGAAGACGUUUAUGAAGAGAAAGAAGAAGGCGGCGAGGAGGCACAUGGCACGGCUGGGGCCGGUGCGGCUUUUGAACCUUGGAGAGAAUGUCUUGGAACAGGGCUUGGAUUUGGUUGCUCAGAUCAAGUCGAAGAAGAAAAAGUAG